UCAUUCUUGUGCAAUUGGCAAUUGGCGGUUGCCCUUUCAUGGGAAGCCACAUGCUUCACUUCAAGCCGGAUCAGCGAUACAUCACGCUUUAACAGCUUUUUCCUUUUUCACUACUUCACCUUCAAUCCCACCGACCCAGGUACCUCGCUCUCCACCCAAAUCCCUGUAAAAGCAAGUACUGUACUCUUCUCUAUCUUUCUCACUCUUACUGCUUCUGCAUCCUCGAGCCUGACUUGCUAUGCCCCUUCACCAUGGACAAUGAUAUCUACCUUCUGCAGAAUGCCACUGAGCCUCAGCCUACUGCGUCCUCCCUAUCCUUACCUUCAAUCCUAGUUGUCCUCGGCCUCAUCCUUUCUUUCAUCAACCUCACAUACUGGUGCAUCCAAGACUACCGUCUCUACAAGUCACUGGGCCCCGGCGGUCCACCAUACAAUGCGUACGGAUGGUUCCUGACCUCUUUCAUUGUCAGACCUUUCACUCUCGCUGCCAAAGACACACUUUGGACAGGUGACUACCCAGAUGAUGGUGCCCAUAAGGAGAUCCUGGCCCUGCCAAAUCGGAGAGGCACUCGUCCCGUGAUCCUAGGCAUUGCUCCUCAACGACAAUUCAGCCAGAAUCCUGAACCUGGGAUGAACGUGCGUGUCACAUCUCUUUUCACCUCGGUAGUCAUGAGGAAUCCCACGUUGCUGCAACAAAAGCUCUCCAGCCUUGAGAAACACAACAUCGCUAUAUUUGUGCAUUCAAACCUCCUCUCCAAGCCCGACAACCUUCCAGAAGUGGCUGUAGUAUCAGAGGGCGAACUUGGACAUAUCCACGGUGAUGCUUCCAUGCACCUUUAUUUCUCUCCAGCAGACGCCAAGGUCAUCAUAGAAAAGGGUUGGGCCGAACGUCACCGAUGCGCAAGGACUCAGCCUUGGUGGCUAGGAGGCAAGAAAUACAAGUGGAAGAUUGGAGAAAGCUUUCUGAUCGUCUACGCGCCAAGGGACGAGGAGGAGCUGGAAGUCUUGCAGAUUCUGAUCAGAGCCAGUGCUAGAUUCAUGACCGGAGAUGAGACAGUGGUGGCGCCGUCAAAAGAAGAUCAAGAAAUGGAGCGUGACGGUGGUCGCAGGAAAAGCGCGCCGCCAGCAGCUUGAUGCUCAGGACGAUGAUGGAUCCUAGAGGGACACCUCACGUAAGGCAGGAAGAGUGCAAUUACCAUGGCAGCAGCAUUCCAAAACUCUCCCAGCAUGCUUCGUAUCGUUAACCUCAGGGAUGGUCACUGGGCCUUGUGCCUGGAAGUCCGGGCUCAAGCCACCACCGAUGAUAGUCGUGUCCUAGACCACAGCCGCAGGCGAGAUGUAUCAUAUUCCAGCUUGGUACAUAGUACGGCGCCAGGAGUUAUUGAAUUGCAAACCC